AUGGCUACUCAAGAUCAAGAUAUCUCCUACAAUCAAUUUACUGGAAGUUUGACGCCUUUAGCAAAUCUUUCAUCACUUAGAUUCGUCUCCCUUUCAACAAAUCACUUUCAAAUUUCAAUGCCAUUCUUGUCACUUGCAAACCUUCCAAAUCUCAAGAUUCUCUUGGGUGAUGAAAACAAGAUGAUAAUGGAACCUAAUUCCUUUCAUGCUUCAAUUCCGAAGUUCCAACUAAAUAUCAUCAGUUUGUCAAAGUGUACAACAGAUAAAGGACUUAGUCUACAACCUCCUAAUUUCCUUUAUUACCAAUAUGACUUGAGAUAUGUUGAUUUUUCCUAUAACAAUUUUAGUGGAACAGUCCCAUUAUGGUUGUCAGAAAAUAACACAAAAUUAGAAGAUCUCCUCUUGUUAGGUAAUUCUUUCACUGGUCCUCUCUUGUUAUCACAGCUUCUUAAUCCUAAUAUGUCUUCAAUUGACAUAUCUAAUAACAAAUUACAAGGUCAAAUUCCAACAAAUAUAUGUUCAAAUUUUCCAAAUUUGGAAUUCUUAUUCUUAUCUAAGAAUGCCAUUAAAGGUAAUAUCCCUCCUUGCUUAGGUGGCAUGAACACUUUAUCAGUUUUAGACCUAUCAGACAAUCAUUUGUCUGGAAGAGUACCAGAAGAGUUGGUCAUGAGAAGCUCAUUAGGUAUUCUUAGGCUAUCAAAUAACAAUCUAAGUGGAAUGAUUGUUCCUAUGAUGUUCAACACAAGCAAGUUGUCAAAUUUGUAUUUGGAUGGUAAUAACUUUGCUGGAGAGAUUCCGGAUAUUGAUGUUUCUGCUACUGAUUUUUCACAUUCAUCACUAGAGGAAAUUGAUCUCAGUAAUAACAGUUUUAAUGGAAAGCUCCCAAGAUGGAUAGGGAAUGUAUCGCAUUUGAAGAGAUUGGCUUUGUCCAAUAAUCAUUUCGAAGGUUCUAUUCCAAUGGAUUUGUGCAACUUGUAUGAGCUUGAAUUUUUGGAGCUUUCUCAAAACAAUUUAUCUGGCUCUAUUCCUUCUUGUUUCAAUACACCAUAUUUGAGACAUGUCCACUUGAAGAGAAACAAACUAAGGGGUCCAUUGACAUUUGCUUUUAACAGUUCUUCAUUAGUGACAUUAGAUCUUAGAGGGAAUAAUUUAACCGGUAAUAUUCCAAAAUGGAUUAGCACACUUUCUGCUUUAAGCGUCCUUCUUUUGAAAGAUAAUCAUCUAGACGGUGGAAUUCCAGUUCAAUUAUGCAAGUUGUAUUCAUUGAGCAUCGUAGAUCUUUCUGGAAAUAUGUUUUCUGGUCAUAUACCUUCUUGUUUGGGUAAUUUAACUCUGGCAAUGAACAAGGAAAAGUCUUUUGUAGAUAACUCUUGGUAUAUAGGAUAUACAAUGAAGGAUCUAUCUAUUUCAAUUAAUUCACAUGGUUAUCCCAAUAGCUACAUGGUAGAAGAGAUAGAGUUUACAACAAAGAGUAUGUCCUACACAUAUGGUGGUGACAUUCUUGAGUAUAUGUCUGGGAUUGAUUUAUCUUGCAACAAGUUAACUGGGCAAAUCCCACUCGAAUUGGGAAACUUGAGUGAAAUCCAUUCGUUAAACUUAUCACACAAUAACUUGAUCGGAGUCAUACCCUCAUCAUUUUCAAAGCUUAAGCAAAUCGAGAGUUUGGACCUUUCUUAUAACAACUUGACUGGUAGAAUCCCUGUACAGCUGGUUGAGUUGAACUCUCUAGAGGUUUUCAGCGUGGCACACAACAACUUGUCAGGUAAUAUUCCAGAACCAAAAGCUCAGUUUGGGACCUUUGAUGAAAGGAGUUACGAAGGAAACCCUCUUCUCUGUGGAGCUCUAUUGCAAAAUAACUGCUUUAAAACUGAGUCACCAUCAACAGCACCAACUACAGAAGACGAUGAAGGAGAAGGUAGUUUCAUGGACACAUAUGUUUUUUGUGUGAGCUUUCUGGUUUCAUAUGUAAUUGUUUUAUUGGGAAUUUCUAUUGUUCUAUACAUAAAUCCAUAUUGGCGACAAGCAUGGUUUUCUUUCAUUGAGAGUUGCAUCACUACCUGUCGUUACUCAAUUGUGGGCAAUUUUCUUGAGUUAUACAUCUUCAAAAGAUGUGCUUAGGUGUCAUGGGAGCUCUUAUGAUUUGCCUUUUGUUUAAAUGUGGUGAAGACAUGGAUAAAGUUGAUUUUUGUUGUCAGAAGAAGUUUGGUGAUUUGAUCUUUUAAAUGGGGGAUUUCUUUUAGCUUACUGUUUUGUUAAAAUAGUUGUAGGAAGAGUUGUGGAUUUUGCACUUUGAACAGAGCUUUAUGUCUCUGUCGAAACUCUGUUUUUGGUAUUUGUUUUGUUUUGAAGGAAGCCUGUAGCUUUGUGUCUUGUUGAUUUUAUUUUCUACACAAAUAUUCAAUUCUCUAUUCUCCAUCAUCUACAAGUUAUUAUUAAUAUCUUUUCCAAGUUAUUAUUCAAAUUGGCAAAUUUUUCCUCAUUAGGUUUGACUUAGUUUUGAGCUUCUAGUAAAUGA